CGCAGCCGCCAGCGAGCAUGAGCGGCGGCGACCGGUCGGCGGGCGACUCGGCUCCCCUGAUCCCCUCCUUCACGGACGGCCAGGCUCCACCCCCCGUCGCCGCCGCACCGGAAUCCCUGCCGCCCCCGUCUCGGCCUCUUGAGGCGGAGGAUGACCCCGUCGUCGUCCCCGACACCGUCAAAGUCGCUUCUCCGGAGGCCUCCAAAGCUGGCACCAGUGUCGCCGUGACCCCACUCACGACAUCGCCGCUUCUUGAGGCGGAGGAAGACACCGUCGUGGUCCCCGACACCGUCGAAGCCGCUUCUUCCGAGGCCUCCGACUCCGAGGUUGGCGCCGUGCCCCUGAUGCCGACAUCGCUGCCUGUUGAGGCGGAUGAGGAUCUGCUCAUCGUGCCUGACGCCGUCGAUGCCGCUUCCUCGGAGGUCACCAAGGUUGGCGCCGGCGGUGGUGUGCCCCCGCUCCCACCAUUUUCGCCUCUUGAGGCGGAGGACGACCAUCUCGUCGUCCCUGCCACUGUCGACGAUGCCUCUUUGGAGAUCUCCGAGGCUGUCGUCCCUAGUGUGGUGCUUACCGACGAGCUCCGCGACAAGAUCGUCAAGCAGGUGGAGUACUACUUCAGCGAUGAGAACCUUCCGACGGAUGAGUUUAUGUUGAAAUUUGUGAAAAAGAACAAGGAUGGCUUUGGUAAUGUUCCAGUUGGAGUUAUUGCGUCAUUUAGAAAAAUGAAGAAACUUGUUCAGGACCAAUCUAUAAUUGAAGCUGCCCUUAGGACAUCAUCAAAGCUGGUUGUGAGCUCUAAUGGGAAAAGGGUCAGAAGGUUACAUCCCUUGCCAUGCAGUGAGUUGAAAGACGUCAAGAAAAGGACAGUUCUGGUGGAAAAUCUACCUCUAGGUUUCUCCAUGGAGAAUAUACAGGAGAAGUUUGGAACAGUGGGCAAAAUUAUGAAGAUAACCAUAAAUGAUCCACAUGCAGUGGGAGAAUCUGCAGGUUCCAAGAAGCCUGACUUCAUGCUGAGUAACAAGGUGCAUGCCAUUGUUGAGUAUGAAGCGGUGGAGGCAGCUGAGAAGGCUGUGUCCACCUUAAGUGAUGAGAGGAACUGGAGAACUGGGAUGAGAGUCAUACUUCUGGCUAAACGGAGUGUAAUGGGAUCAGGAAAGCAUAUCCAAUCUUCAAAGGAAAAUCAUGGAACAGUUUCCAAAAAGAAUAAUGAGGGCCAGUCUUCAAAAGAACAAAAGUUAGUAUCAGAAAAAAAGGCCUGUGCUGACUCAGGAGAGGUUGCUUUGGAUAAGGAAAACGUGAACUCUGACGUUGGCCAGGAGGAAGUGCGCCAACACCAAAAGACAAAUGCUAACAGUGGUCAGAAAGGCCGAUACAGAAGCCAAGGAAAAGGUCUGAGCGGACAAGGGAAUGUCUCGUCUCCUACUAUUUCUGGUUCGGUCUCUGUAAACAAGCCUAUUUCUGGACCGAGAAUGCCAGAUGGAACAAGGGGCUUUGUAAUGGGGCGUGGUAGACCACUUCCACCUCCAAAAGCCGAAAAGGCUGAAGAAUAGAACUUUUUACAAUGAAGCCUGGUAAAGAUCUGUGUAUGAAAAUGACUUGUAUACCGGAAAGGCCCUGUAUUUUUUUAUGCAGCGUCUUUUCUUAAUUCACUGGCACUUCAGUUGGGGAUUUCAUGAUUGGUUGGUUGGUCUUUUACCGCUGCAUAUGUAUAUUUGUGAUGCAGUGACACCUUGUCUGAUGACUGGCGAAGUUUUGUGCUGA